GUUGGGUUCGUGUCGACAGAUCUGCGAUCAUCAUUUACAAUGGGCUUCAGCGCGCUCGUGUCCGCGUGCGCGUGUGUUUGUGUGUGUGUUUAUGUGUCUGCUGCACCGCUGGGAGACGAGGCUGAAAACGACAGACCGAUCAUCGGGAUUUUGACGCAAGAAGUGGACAGUGAGGUUAUGAAAAAGUUCGGGAACACAUACAUCCCUUCAUCAUAUGUGAAGUACAUUGAAUCUGCUGGAGCUAGAGUUGUGCCAAUUAGGCUAAACCAGAGUUUUGCAGAACAUGAAAAGCUCUUCAAGUCAAUAAAUGGUCUUUUUCUCAUCGGAGGCGCAGUGAAUCUGGAGACGUCUGACUUCGCUCGCACCGCAGGCUUUUACUUUAGACUUGCGCUCAAGGUGAAUGAUCAAGGCGACUACUUUCCCAUCUGGGGAACAUGUCUGGGGUUUCAGCUGCUCACUGUGCUGGUGGCUGGAGAAAACCUGCUGAGUAAAACCACUGCAGAGAACGUCACAUAUCCACUCAACUUCAGCUCAGAGGCUCUAUCUAGUCGGAUGUUUAGUAGCUUUCCAUCUGAGCUCCGCAGAGCUCUGUCUCAGGAACCGCUCACUGCAAACUUCCACCAUUACGGAGUGACUAAAGAAGCUUUCAUGAGUAAUAAGAAGCUGACUGGCUUAUUUUCAGUCAUCUCCACCAACAUUGCACAAAAUGGCGUUGAGUUUGUUUCAACCAUAGAAGGCAGAAAAUAUCCUUUCUACGGUGUUCAGUGGCAUCCAGAAGUGAACCGCUUUCAGUGGAACCCGCAUUACAGCUUCCCUCACUCCAGCAAUGCUGUUCACGUGUCUUCAUUACUGGCUCAAUUCUUUGUAAAUGAGGGAAGGAGAAGCUCUCAUCGGUUCAGUGACGCGGCAGAAGAAAGCGCCGCACUUAUUUACAACUACAAUCCUGUUUAUGUGGACAAAAUCUCUGCAUAUGAACAGUCCUAUUUCUUUUAAAGACACAAGAGGAUGCUUUUUGCACAACAAAUGGAGCCUACUAUAAUAAUGACAGAUAUACCUCAUAUUUAAAGGAACAGUUCACCCUAAAAAAAGCUAAAAUUGAGGGGGAAUAAAUGAAAAUGUAGUAUAUUAGUAUUAGGAUGUGUUCAUUUGUGUUCAACAGAAGAAAGAAACUCAAGUAGGUUUGGAACAAGUGAAGGAUGAGGAAAUUAUGACAAGAUUUUUAUUUUUGGGUGAACUGUCCCUUUAAGAACAUAAUCCAGCUAACAGGCAAUGUUUUCAGAACGUUGUGUCAAGGUUAUGAACAGUUUUUUCUUUUAGUAAUGGGAACAAGCUGUAUUCUGUCAGUGCUAUCUGGUCUUAGUAAUAAUAAGUAAUACUAGUAUCCGCUUGGGCAUUUAUGAAUUGUGUUCAAUCUGGGGUAAGAUGGAGGAGGCGUUGAAGAUUAAUCCAAAGAAUCUUGAUGAACUCUGGGAGUCCUGCAAGAAGGCUUUCUUUGCCAUUCCAGAUGACUUUAUUAAUCAGUGAUUUGAGUCAUUGCAGAGAUGUAUGGAUGCAGUCCUCCAAGCUCAUGAUGGAGUCAGACACAAUAUUCAUUCUGUUUCCACUGCAGCAUGAGCACAUAUUCUAUACUGGACAUUAUUGAAGCUUCAGUGAGCAGACUUUAGUCUAAGCAGAGUCAGACCUUACUGUCCUAAUCAAAUCAUUAAUAAUCAAGGCAUGAUCAUAUUUUAUUGUGGUCAAAUAAGCGUCAUCUAGAGGCCUUUACCUUUCAUAUAAGCCACUUCUUGUAUCAAAAAAUCAACUCGAAGUCAAGAUAUGUGUUGUUCCUAACAACUUGGAUAGACGACAAGGCUUUUGUCAGGUAGUGUACAUACUGUAGACCUACUAAAGUGUAAUAAACUCUAAAUUACUAUAGUAUUUUU